UCUUUGCAAAGUCAGCUGACUAUUGACAGAAGCUGGAAGAAGUUUGGGGAAACUAUACAUGAUAAAAGGUUGCUUUUGGGCGCACUGUUCUGAGAAUAACUUUGAAAAUGCCUUCUUUUAUCUUUUGUGGUCCGAAAAUGGCAACAUGUAUGCUGGUGUUGAGUAUGUGGGGAGUCAUUAUGCUGGCAAUGCUGGGGAUUUUCUUCAGCGUUCAUUCGGCUGUGCUCAUUGAGGAUGUGCCAUUAAAUGAGCAGGACCAUCAAGACACUUCGCGUACACUGCAGAGUGUUUAUGCUGUCUAUGACCAAGUUGGCUACAACUGCUUCAUCGCUGCAGGAAUCUAUGUGGUGAUUGGAUUUGUGUCUUUCGUUCAGGUCCGAAUGAAUAAGCGGAACAAUUAUCUUGUGCGUUAGCACCAUCUGGUGGGUGGAGACACUUGUACUCCUUGAAAAUGAUUUUACUGUAUUAUCUUGCUGAAUUUGAUUGAACAACCAAUAUUUCCAUAUUACAGAAGGAAAUUUCUGUUGGUAUUUUAAAAGUAAUCAGAGCCAAAUGUUGCAUUUUCACUGUUCCUUUUCUCUUGGUAAAUUAUUCUCAGGUUUAGAGCUUGAACAAAAGCAAGCCUCAGUGUGGGACUGAUAUUUAUGGAAGGAUGAUUGUUGUAUUUAAUAUUGUGCCUCAUUGCCUUCUACACAUUUUCUCACCAUGUUUACUGAAGUCCAAAUUCUUUUAAAUUAAGGAUAAAAAAUGUGCAGCUGUCGGCUUGACAGUGAACAGAAUAUAAAAAAUAUAUAUAUAUAAGACCACGUUUGGACAGGAUUUAUGUGCAUAUAAAUACAAAGUAGAAAUGACCAUUAAUGUCUGUAAAUUUUAAUUUUGUAUGACCUAUUAACAAGUUACUAUCUUAUUUGUAACACUUGAUUACUUACAGAAAUAAAAAAUUUUGUAGUUCCUA